AUGUCGGGAAGGGGGGCAAAGAAACGCGGGAGGCCUCCAAAAUCGGGGAGUUUUGAAAAAAACAGGAAAUUUCAGUACCAUUUAUUGAAAAAACCUAAAUAUUUACUAAAUCAACAAAAUGCAGGGUCAACGUCUUUGGUUAGUACUCCUUCAGCAUCCAGAGCGUCGUCGCCACAAGGAAGUGAUAUUAGUAAACGGAGUACACGUAAACAGAGAGGUGGAAGAGCACAUAGAAAUAAAAGAGGCGGAAUAACAGGUUCGUAUUCUCGCAGAGGAUACAAUCCACAGGCUGCUGACUAUCAUGAGUCGGAAUAUCAUUAUGGGUCUGAUUUCGGAGAUGAAUACAGUGACAGGUCCGAGCCCGAAGAAGAUCGCGGAAGUGAUAGUUCUGAAGGUAGUGUAGGUGAUGGUGCCGCGAGUGAUAGUGACUUUUCUGUUAGUAGUUUCAGUACAACAAGUGGUACUCCUCGCAAGGUAAAUAAUAAUUUAUUAAGAGCACCCAGUCCAGAUCCAUUAUGGCUACAACAGGAAAGACAAAUCCCUCCCUUAGAUUUGCCACCUUCUUCUGAUGACUUGUUAAUUCCUCAUAACUUGGUUUUACAAGUUGUCGGUGUUUAUGAAGUGUUAAGGCACUUUAGACACUUAGUGAGGCUGUCUCCAUUUCGUAUAGAAGAUCUUUGUGCAGCUUUAAGCUGUGAAGAACAGAGCAAUCUACUGAUAGAAGUGCAUAUGAUGCUGCUAAAAGCUUUAUUGAGAGAGGAAGAUGCUCAACAAACACAUUUCGGUCCACUGGACCAUAAAGACAGUGUUAAUAUUACUUUGUUUUUAUUGGAUGUUAUGACAUGGCCUGAAGUUCUUAGAAUUUACAUAGAAAGUGAUAAGUCAUUUGAUCAAAAUGUGGUCAAUAUAUUGAAUUCAUGUGAAUAUCCAUUUACAUCAGUAGAAGACCGUUUGGCAGUCCUUCAAUUUAUGUGCAAUCAAUUUUUAAUAACAAAUCCAGUUAGAGAUGAUCUUCUAAGCGAAGCUCCUAUUCAUUAUGAUGACCAUUGUAGAGUUUGUCAUCGAUUGGGAGAUUUACUAUGCUGUGAAACCUGUCCAGCAGUGUUUCACCUAGAAUGUGUAGAUCCACCAUUGGGUGAUGUACCAUCUGAAGAUUGGCAGUGCGCUUUGUGUAAACAGCAUAAAACAAUGGGUGUAACAGAUUGCUUACCAGAUGCAGAGAAGCAAGGCUUAAUGUGCAGACAUGAACACUUGGGCUUCGAUAGACAUGGCAGAAAAUACUGGUUUAUAGCAAGACGUAUAUUUGUUGAAUCAGAAAAUGGUGAAGUGUGGUAUUACACAACACCUCAACAAUUAGAAGAGCUUUUAAGUGUCUUGGAUUCUGAUGAAAUGGAAGCUCCAUUAGUUCGCGAACUGUUAGAAAUGAAAAAUGAAAUCCUAAGACAAAUGGAUAUCACAGAACGACUCACAAAUCAAGUCAAGGGUAGUAGAAAAUCAUAUUUAGAAAUAGAAAAUGCAAAUAUUGUAAAACAGCAAAAACUAAGAGAAGGACAAAGACUUCAAGGACACAGUGCAGAACUCAAAAUAGAAGAUGAUAAAGUGGAUAAUAUAUCAACUAUAGUCAGUGAUCCUGAUGUCGUAAAUGAGGUUACAGUUGUAAGUGAAGACACUAAUCAGGAAGAAAAUGACGAAAAUCAACAAGAUACUGAAGAUGAUGACGUAAAAAAAAAUAAAAAUAACACGACCAAUAAAUCCAAAACACCUUUUAAAAAGCAUGAAGAAGUGACUGAAAGAUUGACAAGACUGAAGUCAAAUCAAAUCUCAAAUGGAACUUAUCUAUUUAAAUUAGGAAACGAGAACAGUUUUAAAACUUAUAUAAAUCAGUAUACUACGAACCCAUUAGCAUUGAACAAACCUCAGAGAAAUGAAGAAAGGGAUAAAAAACGAUAUAUGUCCCAUAAGUUUUCUUUGGUGUCAACACAGGAGUUCAAAUGGGUUGGCCUACUGAAUGCUACCAGACCUUUGUUGGAAGCAACCCUCAGACAAACACUGCUACAACUAGAAUCGAAUAUUGUACUACAAUUCAUGCAUCCUAAUUGGUCACUUUUGAGAAAGCCCUGGGUGCAAGCCGUACAGCUGUGUCAAGCUCCGAGAGACUUUGCUAGAGCACUUUGUGUACUCCAGGCUUGUAUCAAAAGCGUAGUUUGGGUACCCGCUUGGCAUGAACAAUUAGGUCAUGUCAAGUUGCUUCGUACUACUGCUUCCGAACGCGAAGAACGCAAAAAGCUUGAUAAGAGAGAAAAGAAGGAAAGAGAUGAAGAAGAAGAAAGAUAUCGCACUCUUUACAAUUUUGUCAAAUAUUCACUUGGAUUGCGACAUCAAGCGUGGAAACAAAAAGGUGAAGAAUACAGGAUUCAUGGGCAGUGGGGUUGGCUAUGGAACUCCUCUACAAGAAAAUUUAAAAAACACAUUACUGCAAAAUUUAGUCUUUUUAAUGGCCCUGCUAAAAUUGCUGUAAGAGUUAGAGAAGGUAAUGUCAUCAAAGUUUUGGCAGUGGAACCAAAAACAUAUGAUUAUCUCAUUUCCAAUGAAGGAGAAAAUAAAGAUGUUAUGGAAAAACUACCACCAUCUAUGCGUAAUUUGAAGAUUGAAAAGGAUGAAGAUGGAUUUGAUGAAAUAGAUGUUGAAAAGGCCUUAAGCUCGUCUACUAGACGUUAUUAUCCGAAAAUCGCAAGGAAAUCUAAGUUAGAUGAUUUUCUUGCACGACGUACAUAUUUAAAAUUUAUGGAAGAAAAGAAGUUAGCUAACCUUUUAGCUAAUGUCAAAAAAGAAGACAUUGAUGUAAAAAGUGAAGAUGAGAAAAAUAUUGAUGUUGAAAAUGAUGAACCUGAACCUGAUAUUACAUCAAUUUGUAGUGCAGCCCCAGGGAGCAAGCAAAAAGAAACUAUUAACUCUGCCGGUAUUGAUAGUCUUCGAACCGAAUAUCUAAAAAUAUCUCAACUGACUAAAAGAUAUAAGUGUUAUUCACAUAGUUGUAACAAAAUAGGGAUGACAAAUACUUCUCCAGGUCCCGGAGUAAAAAUUAACUGUUACUCACCUAUGUGCACUAUAAAAGGCAAAAUUUUAAUUCAAUUGGUAAAAUUAUUAAAAGAUGGAGAGGUAAGCUCUAAUAAUUUACUCGAAAAUGCAAAAGAUAGUUCCAAAAUGUCAAUACUGGAACAAUAUUUAUUGGGAAAAGAUACAUGUACUAAUUCUAAUGAAAACAUAUUGACUGAUUUACUAUCUGCUGUUGCAUGUGCACAAGAAUGUGACAAUAAAACUACUGAUUGUUUUGUUAAGAGAAAGAGUGGCGAUUAUGCACCAGAUAUUAAUUUCAAAGUCGAGAAGAAUGCCGAUGAUAGUAUGUGCGUUGUUAAGACAGAAAGUACACUCGAAGAAUCAGCUGUGCCAGCUAUUGGAAAUGAGAUGGACAUUGAUAUUACUUGUAAUAAUAUAGAAGAUAAUGACGUUGAAAUUGGUCCAUUGAAAGAGUUAACUGAUGUUGAAUCUUCAGAACAUAAUUUAGAUGUUUCAGCAGACAAUAAUAACAAAGAUCGCCCACCUAUUCCCAAAUUAAAAAUAACUCGUGGAAGAACAUUGAAGACUAGCACAAUUACGCAAAACAAAAGUAUCAACGAAGCUAAGGAUUCAUCAUAUAAAUGUUCAGUGACAUCAACUAAAACUAAUGAUAAAGUAAAGUAUCGUGCUUUAGUUAACAGAAGGUUUGGUUCUACAAAACCCUUUAAGAGAGAAGAUAAAUCUGUUAAGGAAGAGAAAAUAGAGGGAAAUGUUGUAAGAGUCUAUUCUACUGAAAUUCCUUCUGGAAGAGUUUAUUUGAAAAGGGUGCAGACAUCAGCAGUUGAAAAGAAAAAGAAAAGAACCCCUGUAAAAUAUCCGCUUUGUUCAACAUUCCACACUAGAAGCAAAGCUAAAACUCUAAUGGUUUUACCACAUCAUGAACUAAGAAAACUUUGUAGACAAGGUGGACAUAACUCAGUAUCUGGUUUCAGCCACAAUGCAAAACCAAACCAAGCAGUAUGGCCGUAUCCUUGCCCUAGGCCCUUAUUUAAAACAUGCUGGUUGUAUCGGACUGUAAACCUUCAGUGGUUGGCAAGCGCUGCUUUGCAACUUCGUAUAAUGUUUGCUUGCUUACGUUGGGAUGACAUGGUAGCCAAACCAGCUUCUGCAGAUGGCAAGCAUCAGUUAACAACUGACACAGAAAUUGUAUCCUUAGAACUAUUGAAACAUAGGCAUAUAGGCCAGUUCUCAGAAAGAACUCAAUAUCUUCGGCGGAGGGUUGUUAUACCCCUUGAAUUACCUAAAACAGUGCGAGAAGUGACUUCGAUUCGCAGUGGUUUAAGAAAAAGGAAACGUGCAGAAUCACCUCAAAAUACUGAACCGCAGGUUUCGGAAGAGUGGGUUGAUGAAGAUAAAUUAGAAUUGUGGGAAGUACGUCAAUAUGGUGAACGGACAGAACGAGCUACUCCAGUUACCCGUACUUCAACUGGUAAACUUCCUCAGCGUAACGUCGCUCCACCUGCUAAUGCUGCCGAUCUCAAAGAUAAAAUGGAGCAACAGUUACGCGAACAACGUGCAGCACAUCAACAAAAGAGAGCCCUGGAAAUGUCUCAAGAAAAAAACAAGUCCACACCCAAUCAAACUUCAGGCAAAAGCACACUGACAUCCUUACUGACCAUGAAUACAUCAACUCCUACUGGGCAGAAAACUGUAAUAGGUACUAGGAGAAUUAUUAUGACAAAAGGAUCUGAUGGUUCAACUCGAGUUAUUAGUCAGCCGAUUUCCAGUACUACAAAGUGUUCUCAAAGUGAAGCAACUACCAAAUCGAAUGUGACACCUCAGAAAGAUGGACCACAAAAAGUCCAAAUAAUUCGAGCCGCAGAUGGAAAACUUACUGUGAAAGGUUUAUUAGCAGGUCAGCAAUUGAUUCAAAUGCCUGAUGGAACAUUACACGUUGUCAUGCCUGGCCAACAAGGUGUCACGGGUCAGCUGGUGGCAGCAUCGCCUGGGUCUAAAGAGAGCGGUGUUUCAUCAGUCGACAGAGAAAUCACUCAAAAUAAAACCAUCGUUGAAGAAGUGAGACCAUCACCACGGACAGUGGCACCUGCCACUCAACAAGUAGUCGUGCAAGGAAACCGACAAAUCGUUGUACAACCACCUCAGCAAGUCGUGGUACCAUCUCCGCAGCAAGUGGUAAUGCAACCAGCACAACAAGUAGUGGUCCAAGCAGGAGCGCGCGCUACAAUACAACCGCGAAUGCAGGCCGUGCAAACCGUGCUGGUCCAGGGUCAGAUACUUCAGCGCCCGGCUGGCCCGCGCCCACCUGCCGCUGUCGCAGUGACGCCGAGAACACAGACGCCGCGGCCGCGGCCGCCUGCUACACAGCAAAUCGUCGUGAAUAACCCAGUGUUGGUGCAACAAAUUGCGGCUGGCAAGAUUCAAUUGGCGACAGUCAAUGGCCAACAAGUUCUUAUUCGUCCCACUGGAAAUAAUCAGGCUCAGAUAAUUGCACACAUCGGUCAGAGCCCCGCUCCCGUUAGCGGAGUGCCUGUGUCGACGGCUACACCUUCACCCGUGGCGGCUGUUCCACCACCGCGGACCGCGCCCCCGCCGCCUGUGCCCGUACAAGCCCAACCUCAGCCCCAGCCUCAGCCUCAGCCUCUACCUCAACAACACCAAUUAACAGAAGAUGAAAUUGUUGAGAAGAGACUUCUUGUGGGUCAACCUCCAGGCACUGUAAUAAAAACAGUCACUGCACAGGUAAUGCAGACUAGUAGUGGACCUAGUAUAGUUCUACAGGGUCUUCAUGGAUACUCGUUAACUCCUCAACAGUUGGCAUUAGUACAGCAUCAAGUCAAACAACAACUGUUAAAAGCUCAAGAGUCAACAGGGAAACAGGGCAUGCUGGGUCCCAGAAAGAUGUACUUGGCAGUGCAACCGGCGCCCAGCGCUCCUCCACCGUUGACACCUGUCGUACCCCAAGCCCUGCACUCCAUACAGUCACUACAACCCCUUGCAAUGCCUACGCACCAGGACGUUAGUGAAGAAGAACAAAUAAAGCGUCAACCGCUUUUAAAUGGCGAAGAAAAUGUAGCUGAAGCUGCUAGUCAUAAAGAAGCAACUCCUUCCAAACUCGAAGACAUAAAAGAAAACAGCACGAAAACAGAUAUUGUUAAUUCAGGCCAAGACGGUCUACAGAAUAGUAAAUUCGUGCUAACCCCUGAUUACAUUCAACAGACCAUUAAAAGUGCGCUUAAGCAGGAGAAUCUAAACCCGGAGAUAGAAGAGAAGCUCUUGCAACUGCAGCGUUACCAGGAGAAGCGCAUGAAGCCAGAGGUCGUGGUAGAACGCGAGGUACGGCCACCGCCCGUCGUCGUGGCUUCGCCUUCCCCGCCGCCACGAAGAAGAGCGCUCUCAACUCGUCACGAUGAUGACGACGACGAGUGGGUUGAUAAUUCGCCACGAAAGCGAUCGCGUGUCCGUCCUAUUUCGCCAUCACCACCUGCGCUACCUACGACCAGGGUCCAGACGCGUGUUAUCCCUGCGCCUGUAGCGCAGGCCAUCUCAGCUCCUGCACCUGCGCCUGUCGUGUCGCUCCCAGUGACGCUUCCACCCAACGUGCCUAUCGCUUCGCCCGCCGAAGAGCGUCGGCGUGCCGCCUCUAAUCAUUCUCGACUUCAAAUGUUGCUCUUUAAGCAUAAAGAAAUGCUCAAGAAAGAUAUCAUUAAAAAGAGAGGGCUUCUUGAAAAGGAAUUGGGCGUUGAGAUUCAGAAGGAACUUUCGGCUGAGCUAGCGCUUCGUACGCGAGCAGAACGCACUAAACAAGAGGAGGUGCGAGGCGGUAAACGUCGCAGUGCUGCUGUGGCCACCACGCCGAGACCUAAUAAAAGAUCCGUGAAGAAAGAAAAACUCUUAUGUAUUUGCCAAACCCCCUACGAUAACACAAAAUUUUAUGUUGGUUGCGAGCACUGUAGUAACUGGUUUCAUGGUGACUGUGUUGGUGUUACUGAAGAAAUGAGUAAAUCAAUGGAGGAAUAUGUUUGUCAGGAUUGUAGACGUGCUGCAGAAACACAGGAACUUUACUGUCUUUGUCGACAGCCUUAUGAUAAUUCACAGUUUUAUAUUUGUUGCGACCGUUGUCAGGACUGGUUCCACGGCCGCUGUGUAGGUAUACUUCAAUCAGAAGCAGACAACAUUGAUGAGUAUGUUUGUCCAAAUUGUCAGAAAAAUAAUUCUGUCAAUUAUGCUAAUAUGAAGGAACUUACGCCGAAAGAUUUUGAAAACUUGAAGAGACUGGUUAAACAAAUACAAUUACAUAAAAACGCAUGGCCUUUUAUGGAGCCUGUAGAUCCUAGAGAAGCACCCACCUAUUAUAAAGUGAUAAAAGAACCAAUGGAUCUACAGUCUGUGGAACGUAAAGUGAAUGAACAAAUAUAUAGUACGUUAAGUGAAUUUAUUGGUGAUAUGACUAAAAUAUUUGAUAACUGUCGAUACUUUAAUCCAAAGGACUCUGAAUUUUACCGCUGUGCUGAAGGACUUGAAGCUUUUUUUGCACAAAAGAUAAAGUACUUUCGUGAAAAAUUAUUUGAAACAACUCAAUGA